CACGGAGAGAGGACAGAAACCUCGACGCUCCGCUCUCCGGGACUUACAAACUAACUUCUCUUCCUCUCUUUCUUUCUACAUUUCCCUACAAAUGUCCCUAUUCCUCACGAGUUAACGGUUCAUCUACUUCUUUUACUAAGAUUUGUUUUAGUCCUCAAACUUUUUUUUAUUUCAACCGGAUCGAGCGAACAGGUGGACCUGAUGGCGAGCCGACCGGUGGCGCUCUCCCCGGAUCUGCGCACCCAAACGUGGGUCGCGCUGCUGCUCUGGCCGCUGUUGUUGUCCUGCGGCCACUUAGCGAAGGCGCAGGAGCUAUCGACCAACGGUGUGAACGGAUACAGCCUGCACCCACCAUACUUUAACCUGGCCGAGGGCACCAAGAUCAGCGCCACGGCGACCUGCGGAGAGGAGGAAACCGGCAGGAGCGUGCAGGACCUGUACUGCAAGUUGGUGGGAGGCCCGGUGUCCGGGGACCCGAGCCAGACCAUCCAGGGCCAAUACUGUGACAUCUGCAGCCAGGGCGAGAGCGAUCGCGCCCACCCCAUCACCAACGCCAUCGACGGGACGGAGCGAUGGUGGCAGAGCCCGCCUCUGUCCCGCAACACCGAGUUCAACGAGGUCAACGUCACCCUAGACCUCGGACAGGUCUUCCAUGUGGCCUACGUGUUGAUUAAGUUCGCUAACUCUCCCCGUCCUGACCUCUGGGUUCUGGAGAAAUCCGUGGACUUUGGGCAGACCUACCAACCCUGGCAGUACUUUGCAUCCUCCAAGAGAGACUGUAUUGAGCGUUUUGGACAGAGGACCAUCGAGAGGAUCAGCAAUGAUAAUGACGUCAUCUGCACCACUGAAUACUCCCGUAUAGUCCCGCUGGAGAAUGGAGAGGUCGUGGUGUCCUUGGUGAACGGUCGCCCCGGGGCCAUGAACUUCUCCUACUCUCCCGUCCUGAGGGACUUCACCAAGGCCACUAACAUCAAGCUGCGCUUCCUGAGGACCAACACGCUGCUGGGACACCUGAUGGGCAAGGCGCUGCGCGACCCCACUGUCACCCGCAGGUAUUACUACAGUAUCAAGGACAUCAGUAUCGGAGGACGCUGUGUGUGUAACGGACACGCCGAGGCCUGCAACGCCAAGGAGCCCAACGACCCCUACAAGUUACAGUGCGAGUGUCAGCACAACACGUGCGGCUUGUCUUGUGGCCAGUGUUGCCCCGGAUACCACCAGCUACCAUGGAAACCGGCCACGACUUACAGCGCCAACGAGUGCGAAUCGUGUAACUGUCACCGCCACUCCUUCGACUGUUACUACGACCCCGAGGUGGAUCAGAGGAGAGGCAGCGUCGAUAUGCACGGACACAACCGAGGAGGGGGAGUCUGCCUCAACUGCCAGCAUCACACCACCGGAGUGAACUGCGAGCGCUGCAUCCCCACCUACUACAGGUCACCUGACCAAUCCCUCGACUCCCAAUUGGCCUGUUUACGCUGUGACUGUCAGUCGGAGUUUACAGACGGUACCUGUGAGGAUCUGACCGGGCGCUGCUUCUGCAAACCGAACUAUAGCGGAGAGAACUGCGACUCCUGCGCCGGCGGCUUCAUCAACUUCCCCGACUGUUACCCUAUUCCCACUUAUCCGACCAACAACAACAAUGGCGAGGCGAAACCAGCAGGAGAGAUCAUCAACUGUGAGUGCAGUGCAGCCGGUACCGUGGAUAACUCCUGUAGGCCGGACCCCCGUACUCGGACCUGCGUCUGUAAGCCGGGUUUCACUGGAGACCACUGCGACACCUGCGCUCCCGGUUUCCACGGACUCAACUGUCAGGCCUGUCAGUGUUCAGGUCCCGGAUGUCUGGACGGGUCUUGUGACUUUGUGACCGGUCACAGCAUGUGCCGGAGCGGUUUCCAAGGUUACCAGUGCGACCAGUGUGCGCCCGGCUACUAUAACUACCCGCUCUGCCAGUUUUGUGCCUGCAGUUCAGUCGGCUCUCUGCCCGAAGGCUGCGAUGCGUCCGGGCGUUGUCUGUGUAAACCAGAGUUUCAGGGUCCUCGAUGUGAACAGUGCAGAUCUGGAUUCCACUCCUACCCCAACUGCCAAGUGUGCCGCUGUGAUCCUCGCACCUCAUUGGACAGCAGCUGUACAGCAUCAGGUCACUGCCACUGCCAGCCCAAUUACAGCGGAUCGUGGUGUGACCAGUGCGCUCCUGGUUACUAUGGUUUCCCAAGCUGCACACCCUGCCAGUGUUCUGCUCAGGGCUCGCGCUACACCAGCUGCGACCAGCUGACAGGACAGUGUGUGUGUGUGCCCAACGUGGCGGGGCUGAGGUGUGACAGCUGUGCAAACGGCGCCUACGGCUUCCCUAACUGCCAAGCUGGUACCUGCCACCCUGCCGGCUCGGUUCAGUAUGUGGUGCAGCCUCCAGUGGGCCAGUGUGAGUGCCGGCGUCAUGUGGAGGGCCCGGCCUGCGACACAUGUAAACCUCUGUACUGGAACCUCUCCCCCGACACCUCUGACGGAUGCACCAACUGUGAGUGCAACGUUGCAGGGACCAUCAGCGGUGUUGCAGAGUGUGCACAGGGCUCUGGUCAGUGUCACUGUAAGCCGAACGCCUGCAGUGGAACCUGCUCCACCUGUAAAGACGGAUACUACAACCUGCAGGAGCAAAACUACUUCGGCUGCCAGGGAUGCCAGUGUGACAUCGGAGGUUCAGCAGGUCAGUCAUGUGGAGAGAGGAACGGGCGCUGUCGCUGCAGACCCAACGUGGAGGGACCCAAGUGUAAUCUACCUCGUCCAGAUCAUUACUUCCCCGACCUCCAUCAUCUGAAGUUUGAGAUUGAGGAGGGCACCAUGCUGGACGGCCGACCGGUGAGAUUCGGCUACAAUCCUCUGGAGUUCGUCGACUUCAGCUGGAGAGGAUACGCUCAGAUGUCGCCCAUCCAGACCGCAGUGAAGCUUCAGGUUUAUGUGAGCGAGGCAGACGUCUAUCUGACUCGCUUCAUCCUCAGAUAUGUAAACUCUGAGGGCGCCACCUCCAACGGUAAAAUAACAGCCUAUCAGGUCAACCGCAGAGGUUCAGAGCAGUCCAAACAGAUCGUCUUUGUUCCCAGUGUGGAGCCCACUUUUGUUAACGUUCCCCAGAACAACUUUGUGGAGCCAUUCGUCCUGAACCCGGGAACCUGGACCGUGGUUAUAGAGGCGGAGGGAAUCCUGCUGGAUUACCUGGUGCUGCUGCCCAGUGCCUACUAUGAAGCUCCCAUCCUGCAGAUCAAAGUCACUGAGCCCUGCAGCUACAGCGCUGUGCCUGAAGCCAAUCAGAACUGUCUGCAGUACAGAUAUCUGUCUCUGGACUCCUUCCCCUCGAUCUCUGGUAACGAUGCUAGCUGCCGCAACGACAACCACCUGCCCCGCCCCUGCCCCACAGAGAGGGUGACCCCGCGUCACCCCGACAUGGCCGAAUGCAGCGGCUACGAUAUCAGCGUAGAGCUGAGAGGUCGCCUGCCGUCUGCAGGCGAUUACGCCCUGGUCGUGGAAUAUUCCAGCGAGGAAGAACUGCCACAAAGUCUCUCCGUCGCUGUGAACAUGCCGGGAUCACGAACACAGGAGCACCGCGUCAACCUGCUGCACUGCAGAUACAGCUUCCUGUGUCGAGCCGUGGCCAUCGAUGGGCAGAACAGAGUGGCCGUCCUCUCUCUCCCCGAGAACGCGGAGAUCCAGCUAAUCUCCGACCGCGCCAGCUUCUUCCUGCACAAAGUGUACCUGGUGCCUAAAGACCAGUUCACCAUGGAGUACGUUGAACCUAAAGUCCACUGCAUCAGCACUCAUGGGCAGUUCUCACCUGACAGUUCCUCCUGCGUCCCCUCACGCUUCCAGACCCUGUCAGACUCUCUGGUGCUGAAGGAGGGUCAGAGCUCCUCCGUGCAGGAGCCCAUCCUGGCAUCCCCUGCAGCCGCUCCCCCGCUGCCCUACCACCAGAGUGACGCCGCCAUCUGGACGGGAGGGAACAGACCUCCACACGGAGCGGAUAACAGCGACCACGUCAGGCUGGACUCACUGCAGAAUGCAGCAGUGUACUCCACCCGUGUCCAUGCUCUGGGGCGUUACGUCUUCAUUCUCCACUACCACCAGCCUCUGCACCCAAACUACCCCGUGCAGGUCUACAUCAACGGGGGGAGGAUCUGGCAGGGCCACGCCAACGCCUCCUUCUGUCCGCACGCUUACGGCUGCCGUAACGUCCUGGUCUCUGAGAACCAGAUCAUUCUGGAUGUGACGGACCACGAGGUCUUCAUCACCGUGCAGAUACCUGCCGACAAGACGCUGUGGCUGGAUUAUGUGCUGGUUGUGCCUGAGACGAGCUACAGCUCCAGCUACCUGAACGAGGAACCUCUGGAUAAAUCCUACGACUUCAUCAGCAACUGUGGCCAGAACAGCUUCUAUAUCAAUCCUACCACCGCUUCUCUGUUCUGCCUCGGCUCGGCGGUCUCUCUCUCUGCCUUCUUCAAUAACGGCGCUCUGCCCUGCGCCUGCCACGAGGUUGGAGCCGAGAGCGACACCUGCGAGCAGUUCGGCGGUCAGUGCCUCUGCAGGCCCAACGUGAUUGGCCGGGACUGCUCCAUGUGCGCCACGGGCUACUGGGGAUUCCCCAACUGCAGACCCUGUAACUGUGGCACCAGGUUGUGUGAACCGGUGACCGGCGACUGUAUCUGCCCUCCGAGGACUGUGCUCCCAGAAUGCACUCAGUGUGAGCCCCAGUCGUUCGGCUGCCACCCCGUGGUGGGGUGUGAGGUCUGCAACUGCUCCCGGCCUGGGGUCGAGACGCCCGAUGUGAACUGUGACACCCUCAGCGGACAGUGCAGAUGCAAGGACAACGUCGUCGGCCGCCAGUGUGACCGCUGCACUCCCGGUUUCUAUGGUUACCCCAACUGCAGGCUAUGUGACUGCAACGAGGCAGGAACCGAAGAGGAAGUGUGUGACUCCUUCACAGGACAGUGUCUCUGCAAGGAGAACGUCCAGGGUUCCCGAUGCGAUCAGUGCAGAGUUGGUACGUUCCACUUGGACCCAACCAACCCGAAAGGCUGCACCAGCUGCUUCUGCUUCGGAGCCACGGACCGCUGCCGCAGCUCUCAGAAGAGGCGCACCGAGGUGAUGAACAUGGAGGGCUGGGUGUUGCUUGGAGCAGACAAACAGGAAGUACCGGUGGCAGUGUAUCCGGGUCAGGACCUCGUAGAGGCCGACCUCAGCGAUGUGCCCGAUGUGUACCAGGACCUCCACUGGCAUGCACCAAAGACUUAUCUGGGAGACAAGGUCUCAUCCUAUGGAGGUUAUCUGAGGUACCGUCUGCACACUCAGACCAUGAGAGGAGACGUGUUGACUCUACCUGCAGAAGCCUCCAGGCCUGACAUCAUCCUCAAGGGUAACCAGAUGACCCUGGUGUUCAUGGAGCGAGAGUACUCCUCCCCUGAAGACCCUCACCUGGGAAUAGUUCACAUGGUGGAGGGAAGUUUCCGUCACGCUCAGACCCGUAACUCUGUGUCCCGUGAGGAGCUGAUGAUGGUCCUGGUCGGUCUGGAGUCUCUGCAGAUCCGGGCCCUGCACUCUCAGUCGGCCCACUCCGUGUCGAUACGCGGCGCCGUGCUGGAGGCCGCCGAGACCCUGCCUGCUGGUCGCCAUGCCAACAACGUGGAGAUCUGCAUGUGUCCCGCCAACUACCUCGGAGACUCGUGUCAGAAAUGUGCUCCAGGUUUCUACAGAGACACUAUCGGUCUGUUUUUGGGGAAAUGUGUUCCCUGUAACUGUAACGGACACUCGGACCUCUGUAUGGACGGAUCUGGAAUCUGUUUGGACUGCCAGCACAACACCAACGGUGACCACUGUGAGACGUGCCGGGGUGGUUUCCUAGGCAACAACAGUCUUGACGGACAGGCAGUGUCAUGCUCCAGUUGUCCCUGCCCACUGAGGGUCCCCUCCAACAACUUUGCAGAGGGUUGUGUGCAGAAGACCGACAAGAUGCAGUGUCUGUGUAUGCCGGGUUACGCCGGCCCUCACUGUGAAAGAUGUGCCCCAGGUCACUACGGCAACCCCAUGGUGCUGGGUAGCAGGUGCCAGCUGUGUCAUUGCAACGGCAACACGGACCCCAACAUGCUCUUCACCGACUGCCAUCCGCUGACCGGCGAGUGUCUGAGCUGCAUGCACGACACGGCCGGGCCGCAGUGUGACAUCUGCGCCCCUGGUUACUACGGAGAUGCCAUCAAAGCCAAAAACUGCACCAAAUGUAACUGCUCUCCAUGCGGCACCGAGUCAUGUGACCCUCACUCUGGACAGUGUCGCUGUAAAGCCGGAGUCACCGGACCGCACUGUGACCGCUGCGAGGACGGCUCGUUCGGUUACGACUCGUGCUCCGGCUGUCGGCACUGCGACUGCGAGGCGUCUGCAGCGCUCGUGCAGCCCUGCGACCCUCAGAGCGGUCAGUGCGCCUGCCAGCCCGGAGUCAACGGACCCAGCUGCAAACAGUGCGCUCCCGGACACUGGGACUACGGACCCGACGGCUGCAAGAAGUGCAGCUGUAAAGGAGGUCGCUGUGACCCUCGCUCUGGAGAGUGCCGCUGCCCCGACGGGAUGACAGGAAAACAGUGUGACACCUGCUCAAACAAAUUCAACAUGCCUGUAGAGCACCAUCACGUCAUGCACUGUGAACCGUGCGACAGCUGCGUCAUCGUCCUGUUGGAGGAUCUUGAAAAAAUGAGCGACGACUUCCGCUCGGUGACCGGUCAGCUGAGCAGCCUGAACGCCAGCUCCAUGGCCUGGGCUCAGCUGCACAACCUCAACAAGUCUAUCGAGGACAUCGCUCUCGCCAUAGAGAACUACAACAGCACGCUGGAUGACAGCCGGAGUCGGGCCGACGUGCUGGAGGCUGAGAUCACUAAUAUCAACGAUGACAUCAACAAACUAGAGGACAAGGCGACAGCGAUGACCAACAGGGCGGUUGACCUGGGCAACAGUACCAGUAAGACACACCAGAGAGCGGAAGACCUGCUGUCCUUUAUCAGCAACAUGACCAUGGAUAUAAAGGAAGUCUUGAUGAUGGCGAACCGGUCCUUGCUGAAUGUCACGGACGGGUACCAGGACCUCGAUGAGAGGGAGAAGAAGAUGAGGGAGGUGCAGGCCAUGCUGAGGGAGAUGAGGUUCAGGAGCUGCUUGAGGCAGAAGAAGAUAGCUGACAGAGAGAAGACUGAGGCGGAGAAAUUGCUGGAUCGUGUACACAAGGAGUUGGCCAAUCGCCAGGAAGAAAACAGCGACCUGGCCAAGACUAUCAGAGACCGCCUGACCCGCUUCCACUCGAAGAUGAUGGAUCUGCGCGACGCCCUGAACGAAGCAGUAAACAACACGGCCAGAGCGACGGAGAUCAACAACGUCAGCGAGAAAAUGCUGGAGGACAACCAGAGGAGGAUGGAGGACCUGGUGAUGAAGCAGAAGGAGGUGGAGGAUCAUCUGCAGAUGGCUGAAGAUGACAUAGCGCAUGUCAACGAUGUGCUGUCCAUGCUGCAAGACUCCAAAGAGGAGUACGAGCGCUUGGCGGCACAGCUGGACGGCGCCCGGACACCUCUGGCAGCUAAAGUGCAGAAAUUUGCUUCGGCCAAAUCCAAAAUUCCUCUGGUGGAGGAAGCAGAGAAACACGCGGAGAUGCUGAACGCUUUAGCCAUGAACCUGACCAAUGUGGUUGCAGAAAGCAAGAAGGGGGGACUUGUGGAUGUAACACAAGCCUACAACAAGAUCAUCAACAGCAUCAAGGAGGCAGAGGAGGCCGCCAAGAUGGCUGAAAAGGCUGCAAACGACACUCUGGAGAACAUAAAGGACCAGGAUCUCAGUCAAAUCGCAGAUUCUCUGAGGAACCACAGCGUGGAGCUGAAGGAGGAGGUGGAGAAGCUAGACGAAGAGCUCAACAACGAACUAAAGCCGCAGCUGGAAGAUGCUGAGCGGCGACUGGAGGACGCCAAAACCAAACAGCUCGAUGUGAUGAAAGACCUCGAGCUGGUUCAAAACAGCCUCAACUUCACCACGAAUGUGAGUCAGGAUAUCAACGAGGCAAAGCAAGCGGCUAAUUUAGCAAACACCACGGCCACACAGAUCCUCGAUGCCCUGCGUCCCAUUAACGAGAAGCUGGACCAAUGGCAGCAGGCGUACGGGGACGCCAACGCAACCAACGAAGACAUCAACAACGCCCUGAUGGAGGCUAACCAGACAGUGAACUCGCUGGGUGAGACGAUUCCUCUGCUCAUGAAGAAGUUGGAUAAACUGCAAAAUCACUCGGCGCAGAUGCCGAACAUCUCGGAGAACAUCAGCCGCAUCCGGCAGCUCAUACAGCAGGCGCGCAAUGCUGCCAGCAAGGUUGGCGUUCCGGUGAAGUUCAACGGGGCGUCGGCCGUUCAGGUCCGUACUCCACACAACUUGGCCGACCUCGCCGCUUACACCUCCCUGAAGUUCUUCAUCACUCUGCCGGAGGGGGCUCGAUCUCGGCGGCAGGACAACAGCGACAAACAGUUUGUCUUCUACCUCGGCAACAAGGAUUCCAGUAAGGAGUUCCUGGGCAUGGCGUUGGUGGGGAAGAAACUGCUCUGGUACUUUAAUGUUGGAGGAGAAACUGCUGAAGUUUUGAUGCCUGAAGACGUCAAAACGAAUGACUUCAACAGCAUCGUGCUGGAGAGGGUGCUGCAGUAUGGUCUGAUGUCGAUGUCUUCAGAGGUGGAGGGAGCCCAGAGAGUCACUAAAGCCUACGUGGAGGCCGGAGGAGAUCAGGGGCUGCUCAGCCUCCUGCACGACAACACUGUGUUCUACGUGGGAGGAUACCCCAGGUCCUUUAAACCCCCGGCCCCGCUCGCUCUACCAAACUUUAAAGGUUGCAUCGAGCUAGAUACGCUCAACGAGGAAGUGCUGAGUCUGUAUAACUUCCAAAACAUCUUCACACUCAACACCACCGAGGAGAAACCCUGCGGCAGGGUGAAGCCGGUGCUGACUCAGCCCUGGGUGAAUGACGCAGCAUAUUUCGACGGUACCGGCUUCGCUGAGGUCACCUUUCCUGAUGACGGGCCACGCAUGCAGCGUUUCGACCAGGAAGUGAGGCUGCUCUCGCACAACGGCAUAGUGCUCCUGCUGCAGAAGGAGGAUAAAUUCCUGUGUCUGGCGGUGCUUAAGGGCAUACUGACAGUUUUCUACGACUUCACCGGUGAUCUGUUGAAGCUCGAGCCUAAAGACCCUAAAUCUGAACAUAUGAAGAUCAGCGACGCCGACCCCAAAUCACUGCAGAUCAUCAUCCUGCGCCCGAAACGUAUUGUGGUGAGGAAUAACCAAAACGUCCUCUACAUCCAAGACUUCCCAGUGAACAUCCCCACCUUCGGCGGAAUAUACUACCUGGGAGGAGUACCGGAGAACAAGAUGCCACUGAACUUGAAGUCCAUGUUCCCUACGCAGGGCUCUCUGAAGGGCUGCUUCAGGAACGUGAAGUCUUCCGGAGGCACCCACAUCGACCUAAAGAGGAUGAAGAGCUCCGGAGUCAGCUUCGGCUGCGACAGCGAUCUGCUGGUUGCUCGUGAGGCUCAUUUCUCAGGUAUGAGCUACCUGGACUUGGCUCUGACAAACAUCCCCAGCAUCAUGAACAACUUCUAUGCCAGCUUCAGCUUCAGGACGGAUCAGAAGGAGGGACUCAUGUUCUACCACCACGACAAGGAUGGAGUGUGUCAGGUGUUUUUGAAUGAAGGACACGUUGUGGUGAGAGCAGGAAACGGUGAGAUUAAGACGUUGAAGACUUACAACGAUGACAACAGCCACUACAUCGCUGUCUACAACAACAUCAACGGGAUGCGUCUGUACAUGGACGAUUCGAUCGAGAAAGCGAAGGAGAACAUCCGGCUGGAAAGUCGGGUGCCGACGUCCACAGAGGGAAGAACCUUCCUCGGAGGAACGCCCGACCAAAGCCUCACCAACCUCACCGGCUGCAUCAGCAACGUCUUCAUCAAGAGGGACACCAAUACUCAGAUGGUCUUGAAUUUGCUGAAGGUGAAAGAAAAUGUCAACGUUCCUAUGGAAUGUCCCGCUGCCAAAAAACCUCAGCAGAUCGUCUCCGCUCAGCCCAAACAGAGCAACAAACCCAAGAAGAACAGGAAGCCCUCAGGGUCUCGCAGCCGGAACACCAGGGAGUCCUGUCAGGCGGAUCUGUCGGAGCAGGAGGCCGGAGCGACACACUUCAGCGGCUCCACUCACAGCUUCCAGAGAUACGACUCCCUGCCCGGCUCCCUCAGCCCAAUGCCUCACAUCUCCAUGGCGCUGCGGAUCAACUCCUCCGCUGGUCUGGUGCUGUUUGUCGCGGGCGGGCAGCGCGGCGCGGCUGUGAUGUCACUCAGCGUGUCGGACGGACACCUGCUGCUCCUGUUGGACGGAGGGAAGAGGAAGGUCAGCCUACGCAGCCGCAGGAAGUACAACGACGACCAGUGGCACACGGUGUUUAUAAACCGUGAGGGACAGAAGAUCAGUCUGAUAGUGGACGGUAUCAGCGCUCAGUCCAAGAAAAGCCCCGGAGGAGACCGGAGUCGUGUCACCGGGCCUUUAUACAUCGGGGGAGCCCCGCCUUCACUGACGGCUCCAGGCUCUGGUGGGUUCGUGGGUUGUGUCAGGGACCUGACGCUUAACAAAGCCCCUGCAGGAAACCCCUCUCACAGCCAGGGGACGGUGCCCUGCUUCCAGAACCCUCUCCAGCCCGGAGCCUACUUCUCCGGACAGGGAGGACACAUCGCCAUAGACGAGUCCUUAGUUCUGGGUCGGGAUCUGGAAAUCCAGUUGCAGGUUCGGCCCGUCUCUGACUCCGGGCUGCUGUUGCAUGCUGGGACAUCAGCUGACAAACACCUUAGUGUGGUCCUCAGCCAGGGAGAGGUGACUGUUUCAAUAAACGGCGGCAAAGGUGAAUUCUCUACCUCCUUUACUCCUGAGGAGCCUCUGUGUAACGGACGCUGGCACACCAUCACAGUGGUGAAGAAGAACAACGUGCUGCAGCUCCAUGUGGACACAUCCAGUCAGCACAGCGUCGGCCCCAAACAGAGCCGCUCUGCAGGGGACAAAGAGACCGUUUACCUCGGAGGAGUCCCCGAUGGCGUCACAGUUCCCGGUCUUCCCGCCGGUCUCCCUGCCUUCCACGGCUGCGUGCGUCAGGCGACGAUCAACCAGCGCCCUGCCAUGCUGUCCAAACCGCUCGCCGUGUACGGAGCUGUGGGCACGCAGGGCUGCCCCCACAUGUAAACCCAACGCACCAACACAGUCUUAUCCUCACAUUCCCCAACUACAAUUUACUGGUGGUGGGUGCCAUGUUACUGUAGCUAAUUUAAAAUAUAUAUAAUAAUAUUUAUUUUCUAUUUUCAGAAAAAUGUAUAUUUUAUAUUUUACAGUUUGUCGUCGCAUUAUUACCAGUUUGUUUUUGUGCUACAAGGUGCUAUAACCACUGUCUGAACGCAGAGAUGCACUGAUACGAGUGAGUGCUACCAGAUCUAAAACAUGUAGUAUAUUGUAAAUAAAGGCAACAAAGCUUUAACUUGCAAAUGAAAAGUACAUUAUGUCGAUCAUUUAAACACAUUUCCUGAACCUGCAUUAUGUUUUAAUAAGUGAACGAUGUGUACAGCUGUUUAUCGUGCAUCUCUAGCGGAGAAUAAGAUUUCCUACUGAGUCGGUACACUGUGAACACUAAUGUAUGAGCAACGUCCUCAGGCAGCGCAGAUGGAAACGCUCCCUGUAACUGGGACAGGACUGGACUUUUGGGAAUAUUGGAGUUCAUUAAGUCUCAAAGAUGCGUUUAACAAAAGGUUGAGUAAUUACCUUCAAACACAGAAAAGGGGAGCCGUUUUAAAGUGUUGCUUGUGUGACCUUAAUGCUGUUUUCUCCUCAUUAAGGUUUAACGAUACAUGCAAGUCCACUCUUCUCCUCUUCACAUAUAAUCUCAUGAUGUGUCAUUCAAGUUGUUUCUUUGAAAGAGGUGCUCGAGACCAUGCGUCUGUUAAAUUAAAAUUUACAAGGAAAGGUGCAGUAGCUAACAUUCUGUUCUGUACAAAAUGUAUUAACACUUAAAGACUUUAUCAAUAUAAUUUGCCUUUAAAUAAUAACUGCAGAUCUGCUUGCCUGUAUUAGCCAAACAGAACAGGCAUCUUUUAUUUUGUGGUGAUUUUGUUUUUUACAGAAAAAUGAUCCAAUUUAAGUACAAGAAAUGUGUUGUCUUUGCGUCAUUUGAUUUCGAACGCAGCCCAGAUUUUUGUCUGCAGAUCUUUUCUAUCAACCUCUGAUAAUGCUGCUUUCAAGUCCUGUUGAAGUUACUGUAAAUACCAGUUUCCCACAUAAAUGGUUUUCAUUACAACAUCUAAGUUGUAAUUAAGCCAGAGAAAAAGAAAGCUCUAAUGACUUGAAUCAUUGAUCAGUUGUUUGAGGUCAUUAAACCUAAAAUGUAUGAAUGUAGUGCUAUAUUGUGAGUGUAUUUUAAACCCUCAUAAAUCGCAAACACGGGAUUAAUUCCCAGAUGAAGCGCGAGCGCAUUACACCCCGUCUGUCGGCUCGUGUCCAGUUCGCAGGCAGCGUUCCCGUCUCUUUUCCGUCACAAAUGUAAAAAUGUACCAAACAUGAGUGUGAAUCUUGUAUGUAAUAUAACCACUUUUUAAAGAAAUAUCUCACAGAAUGAAUAAGCUGUCCCUCUCCCUCACUCCUGCCUCCCCCCACCCCCCACCCCAUGUGUUGUAAAUGUAUUUUUAAUAAAGUUUUUUUUCAUACAAACUUCA